UCUUGACGUAACCACUCAGCAGCGCAGUUAUCGUUCACUAUAUCUCACUCAAAGUGCAGUAGCGUAAUAUUGUUGCAAACAAAUUUUAAAAAAAUUAAAAUGUUUGAGCCAACUGACAAAGAAGAAAUAAAAAAAUGGGUAGAAGAAAAUAUCAUAGACAAAGUUGUACUGAAGCUAAAUAAAAAAUCGUCUAAUGUGUCCUUAAAAAUUUCAUUUCCGGAAAAAAAUUUUUUGUUGUCAAGCAUAAUAUUUGCUGAACUAAAGUUCAGUAAUAAUUUAAAUCCAUCUGAAAAUGAAGAGGACACUGUUAAUUUAGUGAUUAAAAGACCAUCACUUUUGGAACUGUCCAAUAAUAUUUUACAUUUGGACGCUUUAUUUCACAACGAAAUUUUGUUUUAUGAAAAGUUUUUAAAAAACGAAUUCAUCAACAAAAAUGAGUUUCCACGUUGCUUUUACACAGCUGAAGAUAAAAGUGAUUUUGCACGUACAGUCAUUGUUAUGGAACACAUCGAAUACAUGGGUUACGAAGUGUAUUCUAAAAGUAGUGACGUGCCUUUUGAAUAUAUUAUAUCAGCAAUGCAAGCAAUCGGUCGUUUUCAUGCAAUGGGUUAUGUAAUGAAAAUUAAUAAACCAUCAGAUUUUAUGGAAAUAGUUAAUGAUCUUAAGGAGUACCGUUUUUUUCCUGAAGAAAUGUUCGGUAAGUUUAUAAAUUUGGUUUCAGUAAGACCUGUUGAGUGGUUGAAAAAAAAAAAUUAUGACCCUAUUUUUAUCGAUAAAAUGGAAAAAUUUCUUACCAAUGCAUUCGAGAAUGUAAUGUUUGAUGCCGUUAAACCAAUAGAACCACUGGCAGUGCUUUGUCACGGUGAUUUUACAAAAAACAAUAUUUUUUUUCGUAAUACAAAUCGUGGUUUAGAAAGUAUGUUAAUUGAUUUCGCAAUGUUACGUUAUUCACCACCAAGUAUCGAUAUUUCAACUUUUUUGUACUUGCAUUGUUCGAGGGAAGACAGAAACAAAAGAUUCACAGAUAUAUUCAAGGCAUACCAUGAUGCGAUAAUUAAUUACUUGCAAGAAAAUGGAAUUAAAAGUCUGGAAAACUAUUCGUAUAUAAAUUUUUUGAACGAUUAUAAACGUCAUGCGAUGUUUGGUUACAUUAUUGCAAUAUUUUUCUUACCGGUAAUACGAGGAUCGUCAUCUUUGUCAGCGGAAGAAGCUAAAAAUUUCGAUGCCGAAAAAAUGUCUCAAACGAUUAAAGAAGUGGGUGGUGAUGUUUUCUCUGAAGAAUUGGCAAAUGUUUUGUUAGAUAUACGAGAAUGUGGUUAUUUAGACCACGUACUGAAAGUUUAGGAUGAAAAAUGUUGUCAUUUUAUAAACUUCAUUCAUUUUAUUUGUUUUUUGGAAAAUGAUCGAUUGAUGCAUAGUUUUUUUUUUGUGAAUUUUCGCGUCACGUCGAUUAUUGGUGACAGACGCAGCUAACGGAGCAGAAAAGGAGAGAUGGUUGCUAUUUACGUGACUACGUUAAGUUACAUAACGAUUUAUAAAGAUGUAUAUAUAUAUA